GUAAAACGUCAAGGAAGCGUUUUUCCUCAGGACCAAAACACAUGAAAACGGAACAAAAACCAACUAAAAAUAAGUUUUUCUGCAUGUACUGUGACUUUGGAACAAGAAAAAAUCAAAGGUUGCAAAACCACAUCUAUAGAAAGCAUAAAGAACAAAAUGAUUUAGAAAGAAAAGUAUCAAUCAAAUUAAGAACUUUCUCUUGCGUGUACUGUGACUUUACAACAUUGGAAAACCGUUAUUUACAAAAACACAUGUUCAUUAGACACAAGGAACAAAAUAAGUUGGAAAAUAAAGUGGUUAUAAAAAUAAAAACCCACGCUUGCGUGUACUGUGACUUCACAACAGUGGAAAACCAAGAUUUACAAAUACACAUCUUAAGCAAACAUAAGGAACAAAAUGAUUUAGAAAAUAAAGUACCAAUCCAAUUAAAAACCUACUAUUGUGUGUACUGUGACUUUUCAACAGUGAGAAACCAAGAUUUACAGACACACAUCUUUAUUAAACACAAGGAACAAAAUAAGCUAGAAAAGAAAGUGGCGUUAAAAAUAAAAACUAACUCUUGUGUGUACUGUGACUAUACGGCAGUGAGAAGCUGUAGAUUGCAAAUGCACGUUUACACCAAACACAAGGAACAAAAUGAUCUGGAAAAUAAAGUGGAACUGCAAAUAAAAACUUACUCUUGUGCGUACUGUGACUAUUUAACAGCGAGAAAACAAGACUUACAAAUGCACAUCUUCAGAAAACACAAAGAACAAAAUGAUUUGGAAAAUAAAGUGGAAAUAAAUAUUAAAACUUUCUCUUGUGUGUACUGUGACUUUACAUCAGUGGAGAAGCGGUUUUUAAAUAACCACAUUUAUAAGAAACAUAAGGAACAAAAUGAGUUGGAAAAUAAAGCGGAAAUUAAAGUAAGAAUUUACUCUUGUUUGUAUUGUGAAUACACCACUACGGGAAGCCAAACAUUACAAAGACACACCUAUAGAAAACAUAGAAAACAACAAGAAGAACACGAACGAAUUGAGUAAAAUAAAAUAAAAAAUAAUUCUGUUUUUAUAUCCCUAUUGAAAAGAACCACUUAGCAAUGGUUGUACCCGGUAAAAAAAUUUUGAUUUUAAACUAAAAUAAGUUUCCUAUUUUUCAAAAUUAUAUAUUAAUUCAAAAUACAAAAUAAAUUUCAAUCUUUUUGUUUAAAAUCGGAAUUUUUCUACGGAUCACCCUGUAUACCUAAUACAAUAUUUAGAAAGUAGUUUAUGUUUAGUUUGUAAAUUUUGAACAGUGUGUAAACACAAUAAUUUUUUGAUUGUUAAGUCAUUACAUUAAACUAGAAUAUACCAUAUGAAUAAAAAUAAAGUCAAAAAUAAACAA